AUGGGCCUUGCGACUAACUGGGACUCAGCUGUGGUGACGAAGGAUGAGCAGGGUAGACCGUUCAUCGUCGUCAGAGACCAAGGCAAAAAGAAGCGUCAGUACGGCAACGAAGCUGUCAAGUCACACAUUCUCGCCGCCCGCACGGUCGCAAACCUCGUCAAGACCUCCCUGGGCCCCCGCGGUCUCGACAAGAUCCUCAUCUCCCCCGACGGCGAUAUCACAGUCACCAACGAUGGCGCUACCAUCCUGCAGCAGAUGGAGAUCUCGAAUCACGUGGCAAAGCUGUUGGUCGAGCUCUCCAAGUCGCAAGACGAUGAAAUUGGUGACGGAACCACUGGUGUCGUCGUGCUGGCUGGUGCUCUGCUCGAGCAGGCCGCCGAGCUGAUCGACAAGGGCAUCCACCCCAUCCGAAUCGCAGAUGGUUACGACCAGGCUUGCGACAUUGCAGUGCAAGAGUUGGACCGGAUAGCAGACGUUAUCGAAUUCAGCCCUACAAACACGGAGAACCUCCUCAAGGUGGCGCACACGAGUUUGGGCAGCAAGAUUGUCUCCAAGGCACACGACCAGUUUGCCAACAUGGCCGUCGACGCUGUCCUGUCCGUCGCCGACCUGGAGCGCAAGGAUGUCGACUUUGAGCUCAUCAAGGUCGACGGUAAGGUGGGAGGUGCCCUGGAGGACUCGAUCCUGGUCAAGGGUGUCAUUGUCGACAAGGACUUUUCCCACCCGCAGAUGCCCUCCGAGGUCAGAGAUGCCAAGAUCGCCAUCCUGACGUGCGCAUUCGAGCCCCCGAAGCCCAAGACCAAGCACAAGCUGGAGAUUUCAUCAGUGGAGGAGUACAGAAAGCUGCAGAGCUACGAGCACGACAAGUUCGUUGAGAUGAUCCAGCAGAUCAAGGAUGCCGGCGCCAACUUGGCCAUUUGCCAGUGGGGUUUUGAUGACGAGGCCAACCACCUGCUGCUACAGAACGAUUUGCCCGCUGUAAGAUGGGUCGGUGGUCCGGAGAUUGAGCUCAUCGCCAUUGCCACCAACGGCAGAAUAGUGCCCAGAUUCGAAGACUUGAAGAGUGACAAGCUUGGCUCUGCCGGUAUUGUACGAGAGAUGACCUUUGGCACAACCCGGGAGAAGAUGUUGGUCAUUGAGGAGUGCGCAAACACUCGUGCUGUGACUGCCUUCAUUCGGGGUAGCAACAAGAUGAUCAUUGACGAAGCCAAGCGAUCCCUGCACGAUGCCCUCUGCGUGGUACGAAACCUGGUGAGGGACAACCGCGUUGUCUACGGUGGAGGUGCCGCCGAAAUUGCUUGCUCGCUCGCUGUCGAGGACGCCGCCACCAAGACACCAGGUCUCGAGCAGUACGCCAUGCGCGCUUUCGCCGAGGCCCUCGACGCUGUGCCCAUGGCACUGGCAGAGAACAGCGGCAUGAACCCCAUUGCCACACUGGCCGAGGUCAAGUCGCAACAAGUCAAGGCUGGCGAGGCUCGCGGCAAGCUGGGAGUGGACUGUAUGAACAAGGGAAGCAACGACAUGAAGCAGGCAUUCGUCAUUGAUCCCCUGAUUGGCAAGAAGCAACAGCUCAUGCUGGCAACACAACUUUGCCGCAUGGUGCUGAAGGUGAACAACGUCAUUGUGAGUGGAUCUGGCGAGGAAGACUAUUAG